GACCUGGGACUAUUGUGAGCAAGUGCAGGAGGCAGUGGGCAGGGCAGGCCGGGGGAACCCCCAAGCGUCAGGCAGAGCUAGGAGAACCCCUGAAGGCCAGAGGGGUCAGAAGGACUUCAGGCUUCCAUUCGUUUGUUCACUCACCCCUUCUGCAGGGCCUAGCCUAUGCCGGCCCCGAUUCUGAGUGCUGGGCUAUAUACACGGCAGGGAACUAAAUAGACAAGCCCCUCUUCCCUGGAAUUUAUCUUUCAGAGCGGGAGGCGGACAACAAGGAUGAGCCACCAAAGAGUGUUGUGGAUAAGAGCGCUGCCAAAGGGAAAAGGAAGCAGGGCAGUGGGAUGGGCACGGUGGGAUGAAGGGCUAAGUGCGGUCUGCAGGAGGGUCCUUUACGGAGGUGGGUGGGUGGCGGGGGGCAGACGAGAGCCAUGCUCCAGCCUGCAGUGAGGUCCUGAACACCCGCCCCAACCCUCCCCACAGCAGUGACUACCGACGGGGCUCUAGGAGAACCCUGGCCAUGCAUGGAAUCCUCACCACAGCUCUCCCAACGGUACCUGAUGAUCCCCACGUGACAGACGAUGAAGCUGAGGUCACCCCGCUAGAAGCUGCUAAAGAAGAUUAAAUCGUGGUAUGAAAAGCGCCUAGGGCUUAAAAUAAAUGAGGAGAAAGGCAAGUCAUUUCAGAAAUGUCCAGGAAGCAAACUGAACCUCUCCAGUGCAAAUUGCAGAACAUGCUGGAGCAACUCCUGAUCCACCAGCCCAAGGACCCCAUCCUGUUCAUGAUCAGUCACUUGCAACGAGACAACAAUAAUGUGCCGAAGAUUGUAAUAUUAGGUCCACCCGCCUCGGGGAAAACAACUAUAGCAAUGUGGCUGUGCAAACAUCUCAACAGCAAUCUUCUCACCGUGGAGAACCUGAUAGCAAGAGAAUUUUCCUCUCUGGCUGCGGGUGCCAGGAGGCAUUACCAGAACGUGACGAAGGUGCCCAGCACCCUGCUCGUCAGACUGAUUCAGGAACGUGUGAGUGAGGAGGACUGCAUCAGGCGGGGCUGGAUUCUGGAUGGCAUUCCUGAAACUCGGGAGCAGGCCCUGAUGAUCCAGACCCUCGGGAUCACCCCCAGACACGUCAUUGUGCUGAGCUCUCCAGACACCGUCCUGAUUGAGAGAAACUUGGGGAAGAGAAUCGACCCUCAGACGGGAGAGAUUUAUCACACCACCUUUGACUGGCCCCCCGAAGCGGAAAUCCAGAACCGGCUGGUGGUGCCAGAGGGCAUCUCAGAGCUGGAGACGGCACGGAAGCUGCUGGAAUACCACAGGAACAUCAUCAGGAUCCUUCCGGCUUACCCCAAGAUCCUGAAAGUCAUCAGCGCCGACCAGCCGUGCAUGGACGUCUUCUACCAGGCUCUGACCUAUGCCCAAACCAGCCAUCGAUCUAAUGCCCCGUUCACCCCGCGGGUGCUGCUUUGCGGGCCCGUGGGCAGUGGGAAACGUCUGCAGGCUGCCCUCCUGGCCCAGAAAUACGGCCUCGUCAACGUCCACUGUGGGCAACUGUUGAAAGAGGCAGUAGCAGACAAGUCAAAAGUCGGCGAGCUCAUCCAGCCCUAUUUUCAAAAGAAGAUGGCAGUCCCUGACAGCAUCAUCAUGAAGGUGCUGGACCAGAGGCUGAGCCAGCAGGACAGCGUUCAGAAGGGGUGGGUGCUGCACGGCUUCCCGAGAGACCAGGACCAGGCGCACAUGCUGCACAGCCUGGGCCACCAGCCCAGCAGGGUGUUUUUCCUGAACGUGCCAUUAGAUUCUAUCAUCGAGCGGCUGACCCUGAGAAGAAUGGAUCCCGUCACGGGAGAAAGGUACCACCUCAUGUACAAGCCGCCCCCGACCGUAGAAAUCCAGGCCCGCCUCCUGCAGCACCCGAAAGAUACUAAAGAGCAGGUCAAGCUCAAAAUGGAUCUGUUCUACAGGCAUUCCUCGGACCUGGAGGAGUUCUACAGGCAGGCCAUCGCCAUCAACGGGGACCAGGACCCGUACACGGUCUUUGAAUACAUAGAGAGUGGGAUCAUUAACCCCCUGCCCAGGAAAGUCCCCUGAUGGCUUCCCAGGGAAACAAAGUCAGCCCCCACCCCAACCUCCCGAAACCUCAGCCAAGCCAAUAAAGUGUGCUGGGUGCA